AUGGGAAAUAAUCAGUCACAACAAACGACACCAGCGCCGGCGCUGAUGAGUGCAAUGGCUCAAUCUUCAGUCGGAAUUUUAUCAUCAGGUCGGAUGGCGAUGAGCACCGGAGCAUCGCUCACCUCAACUUACUCUUCUUCGAUGAGCCUUAAUCACACUAGCACCCAGUCGAGUACCCUAGUUUCAGUCUCAACGGAGCAAAUAAUAUCAACAACCACACAAGCUGCUGCUGCAGCGGCAGUUCAACCGCAAGGAACCAUAACGAUAGAAAUAACCACGACACAAUCCGCCCCCCCACAAGCACAGACACCUUCAUCAACCAUCCAAUCCUCAGAAUCUACCCAAGCUGCAGCUCCCUCCGCCUCGGAUACUGGUACUGCCAAAGGAAUGACAGGUACAGGUACACAAGCGGGAGUAGAUUCUCCCUCUCAAGAAGAACCACUAGCUGCCUCUCCUGACCUCCAAGGAGCACAACUAAAUCCCACUCCGCCACCCACUAUUACUCAACCAAAGAAAGGCCCAUUUUCGCCCGUCGCAGCGAUCCUGGGAGGCAUCCCUAAUAAAAAUGUGGAUGUACCGAUUACAGCCGUGUUUUUGGUUUUAUUCGCUGUGGGGGCUGCAUCUCAUUUCAUUAGACAUGAGGUCAAUAAGAAGAGGGGCCAUAAAUUUAUUAUUUCGGAUAUGAUUUUUGAUUUUUGCAUGGUUAGGAAUAUUACUUGUAUUAUGAGAAUAGUAUGGGCAUUUCAUCCCACGAACAAUAGUAUCGUUGUGGCAGCCUUGAUCUUCGAAAAUGCUGGUGUCGUCGUUCUCUUCGCCGUGAAUAUAAUCUUCACGCAGCGAAUCCUCCGCGCCAUCCACCCCCAUAUUGGCUGGAACCCAAUAGUCUCCAAAGUCUUCCUCGCCAUCCUCAUCUCCGUCCCCCUAAUUAUUUUCUGGAACAUCAUCUCUCUUACCACCAGUUUCUUCACCCUCAACCCUCGAUCGCUGGAAAUCACCAAGAACCUCCUUCUGUUUGGUUCCUGCUGGACACUCUUCCUCUCGUCAUUCCCAGCUAUAUUCGUUACGCUCUCCACCUCUUUCCCCUCUUCUACCAGCGUUGAGAAAUUCGGUCAUGGCAGAUUCAGAAUGAAGUGCAUAAUUCUAAUGCUCGCAACCGGACUUUUAGUCACCGGAGCAAUCACGCGACUCCUAGGCGCCGUUAUCGAAAAACCUAUCUCUGCACCUAGCCAUCUUUUCAGCAAAGCCGUUUUCUACACCACAGGAUUCAUGCUCGAGAUCCUAGUCGUAUACGGCUAUCUCUUCCUGCGCGUAGAUUUGAGAUUCUGGGUACCCAAUGGAGUGGGUAGUCCUGCUGCAGCGGGCGGCCCAGGAUCAUAUACUGUAAAGACAGAUGAAGAUGAAGAGAAACUCUUCGGUGGCGACGACGAUGCAAAGCUCCGCGCUACAUCGAGUCUUUAUGAAAAAUUAUAUGGAGAUGUAGUGAUAGGAAUUGAUACCAAUGCGCCGAUAUCCUCAGUAGCACAGGUAUCGGCGGCGAUCACGGGGUUAAAUGUUAGUACGGGGGGAGAGGUCGUAGGAACGCAGGUGGAGAGUGGGGAUGGGGAGGUCGUGUUGUAUGCUUUUAGGGUGGAGAAGGAAGGGGGUGGGGAUGGAAUGCCGAGGGUUCCUCCUAGAUCUUCGAAGUGGAUGGAGAAAUCGAGGAGUGGGGGGGCGGAACCUGACGAGUUUAUGUGA